UCUCAUCCUCUCUGCUUCUGUGUUGUGUGCGAUUUAUCUUCUCACUCAUAGGUACUUUGUGUGUGUGGUGCGCUGCUGAGCAGAUGGCAAUUUUGCUGGUUCAUCUUCGGCGCCUCAUUCUUUUGAUGAGCAUCGUCUACUUGAGCGGCGCGGUGAUGCGACGCCUGCUGAGCGAAUCGCGGCACAUCCACUUGCAACACAUCAAUGGCAAAACGUUUGCCGCCCGGCAUCUUCACUUCCAGGCGUGGGCCUAUAUUUACACCGUCUACGCCUAUGUGGUCUUGGUUAACUAUGUGAGUGUGAGGCGACUCACCAACAUGUUGGAAUUCUUUCUCACCUGAUUAAAGUUAAUCAAGUGCAGCGGAUUUUGGAGGGAGUUGUAAAUUUUAGUGGACUAUUUUGUAGAGAUGAGUAUUUGUAUUUGA